UUCAAAACUAACGGUUGUUUUUGGUUUGUUUUACUGGUUUUGUAAACUUUUGUACGUUUUUGUGAAUUAAAUUAUUUGUAACUAAACUUUUAUAAAUAUUGAAAGUUGUAACGUAGGUAUUAAUUUAUUCACUAAUCAGUAAUUAAAAGAUAAAAACAUGUCGCAACAGCAAACCAAGAACUCAAUCACUCUUCGAGGUUCGGCACAAAUAAUCUGCGAAUAUUUGAAUUUUGCGAUAAAUUCAGUGCUCUUUCAAAGAGGUCUUUAUCCACCAGAGACGUUCAAAGCCCAGCAGCAGUAUGGAAUCACUUUGCUGCUGUCUGAAGAUGCACUAAUUAAGAAUUUUCUCAAAAACCUUUUGACACAAAGUGAAGAAUGGAUAGUGAAUAAGAAGGUGAGCCGGCUGUCGCUCAUAAUCCUCAACGUGGCCAACAAGGAGGUGCUGGAGUGCUGGGACUUCAACGUGAAGUAUGAGGAAGGUGAUGUGGAGCUAUCGAAGGAAAAGAAGGAGACACUUGGUAGCAAAGACUUGAAGAAAAUCCAGCAGGAAAUACGUGAUGUUAUGUUGCAGGUAGCAGCCACGAUAUCCUACCUCCCUCUACUGGACUGUCGCUGCUCGUUCGACGUCCUCGUCCACGCCAAGCCUGACUGCAAUAUACCGGACAUGUGGUCGGAAGCUGAGCCCGUGGCCAUCUCCAACGCACAGAAUGUUCAACUCAAGUCAUUCUCCACCAGUUUGCACAAAAUGGAGACUGUCGUUAGCUAUAAGCUUAUGGAUUAAGUUAGGUUCCUUAGAUAGAGCACAUAACUCACAGGGCACUAUCUCACUAGGACACCCGUGCUGGCACAACCAGGUCGCGCUACCAACAAAAUGUUCACAAAAUGUAUCGGUACUAGUGGACACCAGGUGAGGUAACCUCCAUUGUUGGUAGCGCGACGUGAUUGCGCCACCACUGUGUCCUACUAGCGAGAUAGUUUCACUUGGUUGCGCAACCAAGCGGAAAGUUAGCAAUACUGAAAAAGCGAUUAUUAAGUAUAUAAUAUGAGCAAUAUUGAUAAUUUUCUGCUUAAUGAGUCCCUGAUGUUAGAGCAGUCACACACGGGCCGCUCGAAUCUCAAGCAGUCAUUGUCAACUGCUCAUUUGGCCCGCCGUCAAGCUGCCCGUGUUACUGUAUGGCCGCUCAUGUCAAUCAAUUGUUAAACUUGUUUUAGAAUUAGUUAAUAGUUUUUGUGCAGCAAAAUUUGUGGCUUUGUUAAUUCAAUAAUAUAUUGUGUAAAUAGAACUGUGAUAGUAUUUUAGAGUAAUUUUAAGCAUUUCUUAAACCAUUUUUGCUGUACUACUCUACCCAGAUGCUAAGAGUUAUCCACAACCCUUUCCAAAUAGAUAGAUAGUUAACAUAAAUUUUUUGCAACAACAACCCACAAAAUCUUUUGAGGUGUUACUUUAUAGCAUAUUCUGGAUGGGGUAUUAUUUUUUUAUAAGUAAUAUGUAAUCGGCAUUUGCAUGAAAAAACGUUUUGAUGAUUUAAUUCGUUAUAAGAACUUUUGGUUUUACUUUUUAGAUAAUAAAUUGUACAAAUUUUA